CAAACAUUUUCUUUCUUAGUUCGGCGUUAUUAAAUUGUUGUAUACAUUUUAUCGCAUCUCCACAGUUAAUAACAGCUUAAACAUUUAAAAUGUAUCCAGCUAGACCAACGAGAGUACGAGCUCGGGGUCCGGUUAACAAUGUGCGUCAACCCGGUCCAAGGUAUCCACAACAGCGACCGACGUUCACAUCCUUUACUCCUAGACCACCUGUGUCUGGAUCUGUUGAUUCACAAGUGAAACAAGUAAAAGAGAAGAUGAACAAAUUGGCAACAACGGAUGAUAUGCCAAUUCCUCUUGGCCGGGGAAGUGUACGUGGCCGUCGUUUAACGACCGAAUUUCAAGAAACAUUUCUAGCGCCCCGCCCUGAAUCGUCAUUGACUCCGACAGGAAAGAGAGGUGUCUCCGGAGUUGAAGUACAAUUGUUGUCAAAUUAUUUCCCGCUGAGAUGUAUUGACAAGGACAAAGGAUUAAUGCAAUGGGAACUAUAUCAAUAUCGAGUUGACUUUGAUCCCGAAGAAGAUCGUAUUGCAGUCAAAAGAGGUUUAUUGGCUCAGCAUCGCAAUGUUUUUGGCGGUUACUUGUUCGAUGGAACUAUGUUGUUCACAAGCUCCAAGUUGAACCCCGAGUCAUUCGAGCUGACAUCCCAAGAUCGUAAGGACGAUAAGAUGUUCAUUAUAAAAAUAAAAUUCACUAAUGUCUUGAAAUCUGGUGAUUAUACUUACAUUCAAGUAUUCAACUUGCUUUUGCGCAACUGUAUUCGGCAUCUCGGCCUUAAGCUAAUAUCCAGAAACUUUUAUGACCCGGAAGCUAAGAUUGACUUGCCAGCACACAAGCUCCAACUUUGGCCUGGAUACGAAACAUCCAUCGCCAUGCAUGAAAACAAUACAGUAUUAAUGUGUGCUGAAAUUUCGACCAAAGUAAUGCGCCAAGAAACAGUGUUGGAUUUUUUACAUUCAUGUGCCGCCGAAAGGUCUAGGAACCCAGAAUGGAUGACCAAUUUCAAGAACGGAGUCAUUGGAACAACUGUUAUGACAGUUUACAAUAACGAGACCUAUGUUAUUGACGAUAUCGACGAAGCUUCGGAUCCUUCGUCAACGUUUCCUAAGAAAGAUGGCACGAAAAUGUCGUACAACCAAUACUACAAAGAGAAAUGGAAUGUACAAAUACGCGGGGGCAGACAACCCAUGCUGAUAUCGAAGAACAAAAAAAAAUCUGUCCGAGAAUUUGGGGUGGAAGAAUCUUUGGUGUAUUUGGUUCCUGAGCUGUGUGUCAUGACUGGAUUAACUACUCAGAUGCGAAAUAAUUUCAAUCUUAUGAAGGACUUGGCAAUCUAUACGCGUAUAAACCCAGACGAAAGGGUCAGGCGCCUUCGGAAUUUCGUCAAACGAGUGUUGUCGUCCAAUAACUCCGUAGAAGAGUUUACGAAAUGGAACUUAAAGUUAGACAGCGACCUCGUUGAAGUAAAAGGGCGCGUUUUGAAACCGGAACCGAUUUUUGGCAACGUAAAGGACUAUAAUGGCGGAGAUCAAGCUGAUUGGACUAAACAUCUAAGAAUGUCACCGAUGUACACUAAUGCUGUAGUAAAAUGUUGGGUCGUUAUGGCUCCUGUGCAAAAUAAACAGGAGGUAAUCGCUUUCCUCACUACUCUGGCAAAGGCGGCGGGGAUGGGUUUCACAUUACCACAGCCUGUUAUGGUUCCACUGCAAGAUAGUCGAUCGGAUACCAUUAUAUGCACUCUGGAGGAAGCGGUGAAUCAAAAAAAUCCAACCAUUAUACUUUGCGCGAUUCCACCGAAAGGACAACUGUACGCUGUGAUAAAACGAAAAUUGUGCGUGGACAGGGCAGUACCAUCCCAAGUGGUGCUACUGAAAAAUGUACAGAAAAAUAACAUAUCGGUUGCAACGAAAAUCGCUGUACAAAUGAAUUGCAAAAUUGGAGGUGCACCGUGGCUCGUGAAAAUUCCUAAAAAAGGCAUGAUGAUAGUGGGUUAUGACGUUUACCAUACGCAAAAAGGUAAGAAAAAAAUGUCUUAUGGAGCUUUGAUUGCAACAAUGGGCGACACCCACACUAAUAUAUUCAGUUGUGUUGAGCUCCACGAGGUCGGCGAAGAGUUGUCCAACCAUUUCGCAGCGACUAUGAGCAAGGCCUUGAUGACGUACAAAUCGAUAAAUGGACAUUUGCCAACGAGUAUAGUAAUAUACAGAGACGGCGUCGGCGAAGGGCAGCUUCAAUAUGUCCACAAAAUUGAAAUCAAACUAAUUAAAGCCGUCGUUAAACAAUUCUACGGUGAUGCUGGUGUCCCCAUGGCGGUUGUCGUAGUUACUAAACGUAUAAGCACCAGGUUUUUCACAAAACAAGGCACGCGUAACCCUCAAGCCGGUACAGUUGUAGAUAGCGUGGUCACCGACCCUAAUAAAUACGACUUCUAUUUAGUGUCACAACAUUCGACACAAGGAACAGUGGCGCCUACGCACUAUCAAGUUAUUGAAGACACUUUGAAUCUUCCACCGGAUCAUAUGCAAAAACUUACAUUUAAACUGUGUCACAUGUACUUUAAUUGGUCGGGUACCGUACGUGUACCAGCCCCGUGUUUAUUAGCCCAUAAAUUGGCAUAUUUUGCUGGUCAAACAUUAUGUGGAUCGCCGAACGUUGGUUUAGACCGCCUCCCUUAUUUUUUGUAAUUAAGUUUCUUUACUACCUGUUUUAUAUUGUACCUUUUGUUUUAUUGUUAUUGAAUUUGUCACCGCUUCAUUUG